AUGAACACCGGCGACGUCCGCCAUCCCACCAUAGCCCCGCAUGCAAAACCGCUGACAAAACCUCUGGCCCCUUCGCCCACAACUGCUGAGAUCAAUUCUGACCAGCCACACUACCAGAACUGGGGACUCUAUCCCAAAGUGUCCUCUGUGCGAUCGCGCAUA